GUCGUCUCUGUGUGUUUCAGAUGAUUUUAAAGUCUCUGUGUGCUUUUUCUACAUCUCUGGGCUCUUAAAGCAGUGGUGCUGGACAGAAACGAGUGGAUUGGACCAGAGGAUGGUGAUGUCACAGCGCUGAUGAUGAAGAUGAUAUUCCCGGUGCAGAUCUCAGCGCGCUCCCGGUGUCUGAUGGCAUCGCGGCGGUGGAGUUCGGCAGCGCACGCUCGGUGUGUAAGCCGGUACCGAACACCAUGGUGCUGUGCUUUGGCAUCGGUUACCGGGAGAUGCGGCUGCCGAACCUGCUGGAGCACCAGAGCGCGCGGGAGGCGCAGCAGCAGUCCGCCGCCUGGGUGCCGCUGAUCGGGAAGCGCUGCCACCGGGACACGCGCCGCUUCCUCUGCUCGCUGUUCGCGCCAGUGUGUUUACCGGAGGUCCCGACUCCGGUGAGCCCGUGCAGGAAUCUCUGCGUGGCGGUGCGGGACGCCUGUGCGCCCGUCAUGAGCGCGUUCGGCUUCCCCUGGCCGGAGAUGUUCAACUGCAGCCGGUUUACCGACGGACCCGAGCUCUGCAUCCCCGGGGAGAUAGACCCGCUCAGGGCCCCCACCACCCUCGCGCCCACAGGCUCUGAGAUCUGUGAGGCCUGUAGUGCAGACGGAGACGGAGAGCGAGAGAUCCUGCAGGAGUUCUGCACGGCUCAGUUCGUGGUCCGGCUGCGGGUGGGCUCCUGCUCAGUGAUUGGCUCCGACCUCCGUGUAUUCCCAGAGGGUCGCAGUCGAGUGCUCCGCCAGCAGGAUCCCCAGGCUGCGCUGGAGCUUAGGGUGCUCUGGCUGCCCCAGGCCCUCCACUGCUCCUGUCCUGCUCUGGACGGGCCCCUGACCAGCACCUACAUCAUCCUGGGGCACACACACAGCGGACGCAUGCAGAUACACAGAAUCCUGCGCUGGACACGAGACGAGAAAACACUGAAGAAACUCAUCAGGACUCUGCUGAAGACACAGUGCUGAGUGCAGGAGAACAACACCUUCUUAAAGAGACAGUACACUCAGAUAUAUAAACUUCAGGCAACACCCACAUUAAAGGGACAGUACACUUA